ACAACUUUGACAGUCCUCCACAGUUGGCACCAAGGAUCCAGGACGCUUUAGGGUGGACAGGAGAGGUCCAGAGAGAAAGAGUGAGAGAAGGAUAAGGUUAGUUCUAUGAUAAGGAAGGAAGGAACAUCAGAUUCUUUCCUCCCCAAGUUCACCUUUAGAACCCUUUUCCAGGGGAUUAACGAGUCUGGAGAGAGAGAGAGAAACAAUAUGACAAGAAAAGGAACAUGAAAGAAAUCGUCAUUAAACGCACUUGAAGUUAUCUCUUCCUUCUUGCACCUCUCUCUAAUUUAAUCUUAAACCCACUCCAAGUUCCCCCAAGGGACUUCUCUCUCUGUUUCAAGAGAGACAGAAUCAGAAGAGUCCAUUCCUCCUGAUUCCCACCCAAGUGGGAAUAAAAACAGGAUUCCACUCUUUCUUUCUGUUCCUCCUCUCAUCCCUCGUUCCCCUCCUCCUCUCCGUCAUGACGUUGCUGGCCUCUGAGAGGUCGCUUCUCAUCCGGAACAAAUUCCGCUCAGUCUUGCAGUUGAGGAUUCAGAACCGAAGGCAAAAUGAAAUCGACUCUGGGUUGAAAACUACCUGUUCCUCUCGCAAAGGAGAGAAAGACCAGAGUAAAGCUCUGCGUCUAACUGACGAUGGCGCCACUCAGAAGUCGCCCCUUUGUGGUCUGAACAUUAAAACUGCACAAGACAGGAGUGUGUGUGGGGCCGGAAGGCAGAAGAAGGCUCGGCUGGCUAACAACCUUGGAGAGAAGGUCCAGCAUCGGCCCGGACCUCUGGACCUCCUGCACAAACACAUACUGCCUCCGGAGAACCGCCCUGUCUCCUUCCCUCCCUCCUCAGAUGUCUUCCAAGAUGACAUCUCUUCCUGCUCUUCCUCCUUGUCCCCCGAGCAACUCGGGGUCCUUCAAUCACCAGCCCUCUCCUCGUCGCCGGGGUUCUCAGACGACCAAUCACUGAGUGACCUGUCGCCUGGGGUCUUGCCCCUUACCCACAGUCCCGCCCAUGUUCAGUCUAUCUUGGCGUUGCUCCCAGCAACCGAGGGCAUCAGCCAGCCAAUGAGCAUGACCGUGGGCGACUCCAACUCCAUGGCAACGACCGGGAGACCAAAGGGGAUGUAUCUGACCUCCCAUGCCACGCCCCUGCUGCCAAAGACAGCCCAGCCUCUCACACCUCCCUCCCUGACUUCCUCUCGCCCCCCCCGCCUGCGGAAACCCCGGGAUUCACAGCCCAAGAUGAGGAAACUGAAAUACCACCAGUACAUUCCCCCCGACCAGAGAUGCACGGCCGGGACUGCCGGGGGAGGGGCCAGUCAGAGGAACCCCACCCCGGCCCAGCUCUUAGACCCCGCCUACUCCAGCCUCCUGCAGCAACAGCAGGUGUUCCUCCAGCUGCAGAUCCUCCAGAACCAACAACAACAGCAGAACCAGCAGCAACAGGACCAGCAGCAACAGCAGCAGCUCACCGUCACACCCAGCGGAGACACCAACCAAAUGGUGAGGUUCUCUGGAGCCAUGCACCAGGACCCUCAGCCUGUAUCCAAGGCAACAAACCACACCUCUGUGGACACAAGUCCCUCCAACAAGUCUGAGCUCCUCUCAUCUAACCUGGUCGACCUCACGGUGUCUGAGUUGCGACAGCAGCUGCGUAAGCGAGGUCUUCCUGUCUCCGGCACCAAGCCCGCCCUCCUCCAGAGGCUCCGCCCUUUCCAGCUGCCCCAACUGUGCUUGACCCCUGUGCCCCUCUGCCAGCUGGGUACCAGCCUGGAACCCCUUACCCCCACCUCCUUGCUCACCCCCAGCCACUACCCCAGCUCCAGCACAAGCUCUGGAACUGAUUCCCCCACCAACAGCCCUAACCAUCAGGUCUACAUCCAGUCCACUGGAAUUCUGAGCGGGGUUCCAAACGGAAUUGUUAAUGACAUUCCAAAUGGUCAUACCAAUGGAAUUCCCAAUGGAAUAGGGGUCAGUGUGGUGGGGGAGCAGUGUGGCUUCCUGGCCCCUGCGUUAACCCCAUCGUCGACGCCCCACCCCGGUCUCCCCCCAUGCUCCUCUUCGCCACUGUCGACUGGCGCCUCCUGGCGGUCGGAAGAGGAGCAGCAGGAGCUGAGCCUGGAGCUGGAGAUGAGGGAGAGGAUGAGGAGCAGGCCCAGGGAGAGGCUAUCUCCUCCUCUGUCUCUAUCCUGUGGGGGUUCCCUCCAUCCCUUCCUGCAACAGGAUCCAGGAUGGCCCAGAGGGACACCAGAGAGGGAAGGACAGACAGAGAUCCUGUUCACACAGGUGUUCUGCUGCCAGCCGUGGGACGUGAUUGGCCAGGACUUUGAGCUGCCUAUGCAGAUCACAGCCAGUCCCAUUCAAGCCCCACCCAGCGUCUGCAGUCUGGAGGAGGAGCUGCAGGAGGCCAUUAACAGAGUACUGAUGGACCCCAGUCAGUCAAUAGAGGACAUUCUGGAGGAACCUACCAUCUGUGUGGACUCCCACUCCUCCUCUGUCUCAGACCUCCAAUCCCCUGUCACUAUCCUCCCUGGCCCCUCCCCUCCUCCCCAAACAGACCAAUCCCAGCCGUUCCGUUGUCAUUCAAAGGAUGACAACUUUCUGUCCUCUCCUCUUUGCUCCUCCCUCCUGCUGGAGCUCCCGCCGUCGCCUUCGACGAUGGUUCCCCGCCAAGCCGCCCCACCCCCUCUCCCUCCCUCCAUCUGUACUUCUCCCCUGCCUCCCACUGUGACCUCACGGAAGAGGCGGGCUCAGGCAACCUUUGACCCUGCUGAUUGGUUGGAGUCGCUAGCCUCUGGACUCCGCCCUCUCAGUCCUCCAUCUGCCCCAUUCGUUGAGACUGACUUUGGCCUCAAUUCGGAUCUGAACGUCAACCGAGCGUUGGAUCUCAUGGUGGAGCAGUGGUGAAGGUCUUAGGUGGACCGAGUGUCUGUGUGUGUGUGUGUCUGUGUGUGUGUGUGUGUGUGUGUGUGUGUGUGUGUGUGUGUGUGUGUGUGUGUGUGUGUGUGUGUGUGUGUGUGUGUGUGUGUGUGUGUGUGUGUGUGUGUGUGUGUUUGUUAGUCGGACUUCAACAUACACCUCCCAACAAUGGGAACAGAUUUGUGAAUGUCCAUCCAUCCAUCCAUCUGUCUAUCCAUCCAUCCCCUCUGUCCACUUUGUGAGUGAGUAGUCUGUUUGAGAGAGGUGACUGCAGGUCUGUACCCCACGCAAUGUCGAGAGACAGAUGCUACUGCAUUGGAAGAGAUGAAAAAAGACUGAGUUGCAUUGGUGGAACAAAAACUGGUAGAGGGAAUCACACACACACACACACACACACACACACACACACACACACACACACACACACACACACACACACACACACACACACACACACACACACACACACACACACCCCUUGGGUCCUGUUAAAUAAAAAAUUGUCAAAUACAACAAAUGAACAAUGCAUAUUUGGAGUCACACACAAUCCAACACAUUGUUUACAGUGGGAAGCAAAGAAA